GCUCUAAAGUAAGCUCACAAUUUGAUAAUCUUUCAAUGGGAGCAACGGGGAUGUUGUCCGCAGAAUAAUUAAGUAUCAUGCACAUCUUUGUUAUCAGAUUGCAGCGUUCUUGGCCUACAACGAUAUCAGGGAUAGGAGUGGAGACAUUCUGUCAGGCUUGCCGGAUCUGCUUGAUACUUGCUCCCAUGACGACUUUCAAUUGCACAUGUCAUUCCGAGAUUCAGAGUAUUCACCAUUGCCUGCCAGUAAAGAGUUCCUCGAGGCAAUGGACCAGGGUUCAGAAGAAGCAGCUACCUUGGCACCAUUUGCCAUUGUGGGGGCUGAGUACAGCAGUACCAGUGGUUAUAUCAAUUCGUUGGCUAGCGUCUAUGAGAUACCAAUGGUUUCAGGAAGUGCCACAAGCAAAAGCCUGGAUGCUAGACCCUUCUUUGGGAGAACUAUUCCCACCAAUAAAGGAGACGCCUUUGCUGCCAUGACAUAUUACUCCGCGUUGGGAAUCACGCAUGUGGCAUGUAUCUAUGACGCUGGAAAUUGGGGGAGAAACUACAAUGCCGAUUUGAGACUAGCAGCACAGCUCCGCAACAUAACCAUGCUGAACAUACCGAUCGAAGGACGUGACAAAGCAGAUGUAGAAAAGGCGGUUAUCGCCUUCAAGAACUCUGGCUUGCAUCAUGUCAUCGCCCCUAUGUUGCUGAUUCACACAUAUCCCACAUUUCAGUUGGGACAUGACUAUGGAAUCAUGGGAGCCAGUGCCAGCGGCAGAUACAGCUGGAUCUUCCCGGAAUUCUCUGCUAUGGCAUCACCAAGCUAUGACUUUCCCAAGGACGCGGACUUCGACGAUAUUGCAACAGCUCACAAUGGAGUCGCAAGCUUGGAUCUGCACCUCGACAAACAUGAAGCACUGGAAAAGGCAUUGAUCGAAUUCACCCAGAACACCGCCCUGCAGAAAGAAUUCAUAUCGAUGCACCAUCAGCCAGAACUGUUUCAAAACUUCACCUUUUCGCCACUCUUCAAUUUCAAAUCCUACCUAUACUAUGAUGCUGUUGUUGCCUUGAGCUUGGCUGCCUGCAACACACCAGGCUUGUUCACGGGUCCAGAGGUCUAUUCCCAAUUUCUGCAAACGGAAUUCCAAGGAGUCUCUGGGUUGGUGCAAUUCGACAACCAAACAGGGACACGCAACUUCAAUACAGUCCAAUAUAGAAUUGACAACAUCCUGUUGAGUGCGAACCGAAGUACUGAGACACACUACCGAUAUGACAGUCACAUUGCUGCCAUUGCGGGAUCCAAACAUGUCGAGUUUCCGGAAGCAUUUGUGUAUGCAGAUGGCUCUACCAUUGUACCUCCUUCGAUUCCACCUGUGCAUCAUGAAUACAACAAGAUUUCACUCUGGGCUCUGAUCCUUGGUUGGACAAUGGCUGGAUUGGUGCUGUUAUUCUCCGUGCUAGCCAUGCUCUGGACUGCACACAAUCGGAAUGUGUUUGUUGUAAAAGCUGCACAGCCGGUUUUCAUCCUCCAGCUGUGCGUUGGCACGAUCGUCAUGGCAUGUGCUGUAUACCCAUUGAGUAUGCAAGGAGAGGAACCAUCCCCCAAACUAGACAGGGCAUGCAUGGCGUUUCCUUGGCUUUUCUUUUGUGGGUUUGUCAUUGCAUUCAGUGCCGUCCUGGCAAAGACAUGGAGGGCCAAUAAACUCAUCAACUCAGGCCGUGGGAUGCGACGUAUCACAAUCAACGCACAGGACGUGAUAUUGCCUUUUGUCGUUCUUUUGACAACCAAUAUAGCGCUGUUGACAGCUUGGACUGUUGUGUCUCCCUACACAUAUGUAAUUGAAGACAUGCUGGACUACGAUAGCUUUGGUCGCAGUUUGGAGAGUUUCGGAGUGUGCCGGUCAGAUCAUGCUCUUGCUUUCCUGGUGCCAAUACUGAUUGUGAACUGCUGUGGAGUCAUGGCUGCUGCCUAUCAAGUGUACAUGGCACGCGAUCUACCAACACUCUUCAGUGAGAGCAAGGCCUUGAUGCUCUGCGUUGGCAGCUUGAUCGAGACGUGGUGUUUGGGUGGGCCAAUUUUGAUCGUUGUGUGGAAAGAUCCAACAACCCACUUUGUCGUCCUUUCGGCCUUGAUUUGCAUCACUUGCUUGACCAUCCUGGUUCCAAUCAUCGUCCCCAAGUACCGAGCGCGGCGUCGACGUGAGAAUGGUGCACGAGCCGCACCAGCAGCAUUAUUGUCGGUAGCUUCUACUCACUCCAAUAUACAAGGAAGCAGCAGGCUAGGCGGCAGGAUAUUGAUGGGAGCAGGUAGCUCCUCGUUGGGCGGUCAAAAUGCGACCAGGGACAAUGCAGUUGACCGAGAGCUUAUGGCACUAGCGAACAAACAGGGUUUAAUGGCCAUAACGAGAAAGCCCCAUGCUGCAAGCUUGGAUGGUUCUGACCAUUCCCGACGGUCCAAUUAUUCCUUACACCAGCCAAAGGCGUCCAAAGUUCCCUUGCAUCAUCAGAAGGGUUCGUCCAGAGAUUCCUCCUGUGUGUAAAGACAGGCUACGCAUUUAAUUUUAAGAGUAUCUGGUGAUGGGGUUUUCAGCAAAGAUUACCUCAACCAUCGAAGACAUGUUGGCUCGUGCCAAGCAGAAGAAGAACAUCUCUAACGUUACUCUACAUUUCUUCAAGGGCGAAAGGAUCUUGGGCAUCUGGUAGGGGUUGAGAGUACGUUUCUUGCGAUGAAAACUGUGAUGCUGCUGCCUGCGACAGCACAUCUUCCAAAGCGCCAUCGCUGUCAUCCUCGUCAUGUUUUCUCCUCUUUUGUUGUUUCUUGGAUGAUCCUGGUUGCUUCUGGUUCGUUCGUCUUCGUUUUCUUCUCGUUGCACCCCUAGACGAAGAGUCGGAACGUCUACGACACUGGAGGGAGACUUCUUCAUCCAAUUCAGUCACAAAGCAAUGGAUCUGAGCGGCAUUGGCAUGACACUUGUAUGCCAUGUACUCCACUAGACGCGUGUAGCAAACAUGAAACGGAUUCGCCGUCAUGUCUGCUCUCAAGUGGUUUUGAGGAUCCCUGGAAACAAGUGUGUGGCGUUUCGUGUCGGGGUAGGAAAGGUAUGGAGUGAAACCGUCCUUGGUGCAACGAAAGAGCAUCCGUUGUUCCACACUCGUUCGCCCGGGUAACAGGACUGUGGCAGUAUCUUUUCCCUCCACGUCGUUCUCGCUGUCGUUCUGGGCGGCGUCGUAAGGGUGUUGAUCGUUCUUCUCGGUGGCUCCAGACGGGUCAAUGUCACAGUCGCCGUCGAUACUCUGUGGUUGUGAAUUAUUAUUACGUGUGGAGCCAUCGCUUGGAUUGGCUUGUUGCUUGCCCGAAAUCGCCUUUUCGAGUACGGCCGCAAAGGCCGGAAAAGCACUCUGUUGUUCCUUGCUUUUAUUAUUGUCCAUGAGAUUUUCUUCCAAGAAUUCUAGAUAUCCCUUGACAUGUGCAUUCCGCAUCAGUCGAAAUUGACCUUCGUUCCAGGGAACAAAACGGCCACCCUUUGUUGCUGGAAUCUUAUCAUUGUUCCCGCCAACACUAGUAAUAUACUGCCAAGUCUCCCAUCCCGGACACAUUUUGCACGCCGCGACAAUGACCCCCAAUGCCUGCUCCGGCGUCCGAAUGCACCGUGGUCGAGCGCCUUGUAGCCGUGGAGGCAGCCACACGUCGUCGUCCUGUUGGUUUUUGUUGUGGUGUCCAAUCAAACUAAGGGCAAUAUCUAGCACGCGUUGUCCUAGUCCCAGGUCGGCAACCAACUGUGCCAGCAUUGUUGGUGUGGAUGCCAACGGGACAAAUCUCAGUCGCUUUUGUUCUUUUAGGACACAUCCUUUUGCAUUAUCCUCUUCAUCCGAAGAAUUGCAAUACUGUGGCAGUUCGGGUGUCGAUUGCAGUCCCUGAACGAUAGCCAACUGAGCCGCCGUGGAUUCCACUGUCCAAGCACUGGGGAGGGUGGAUAAUUGAAAGAAACUCUUGAGUGGCAAUAGUUUGACUUGCUGGUCGUGUUCCAGAAAGGCACCAAAGGCAUUGAGUAACGGCAAGGAUCCAUUGGAAAUCCAGUUUACGAUACUACCGGGAAUAAUGCCCCGUCGGGCCAAGGGCAACCAUAGAAUGGCAGCUGCCAGUUCCAUGGACGGCGCGAGGCUUAGGGCCGCUUCUUCUCGUCCCUUGUUGCGAAACGAGCUGGCCAAGUGCUGUAGAUUCUUCCAUUGUCGAUUCAUGGUAUUUUUGGGCAGGGUGCUUAUUAUUGGCAUGUCAUGGAUGGGUGAGUUGUUGCUUGUAUUUGCAUUGCUGGUGAUGUCAUCAUGAUGGUUGUCGUCUUGUUCUUCUUCUUCGUCAAACGAAUCCAUUCUCAGCCGCAGCUGCAAUGCAAUACCCCCUUCUUCUUCAUCGUCAUCUUCUUCGUCCAAUUCCUUCUUGACAGCAUCCGCCACAGCUUCCGACAAGACAGCCUGAAGGAGUCCCUGGUGCUUGGGAGACAAAAAGGCAUCUCGCAACGAAAAGCGCACAUCUGGAUAGAGCGCCCCGUACGUUGUGGCUCCAUCCUUCCAGGCUUGCAAGUAUUGCAUCCAAAUAGUCUUGACGGCACCAUCGUAGGCGUCUUGUUCUUCUUUGGU